AGAGACUAGGAGGUUGUCUGUCCGUCUCUCUGUCUUUGCUCCUUCUGCUCUCAGUUGCCCCCCCCCCCACAUCCUCUCCCUGAAAGACUUUUCUUAUCAUCUCCCCUCAAACCCCAUGCCCCCCACCCCACCCCCAUCACAUCCUUUUUCAUCCACCUCCCGUCAGGAAGAGUUGGUGCAGCCAGGGGAUUUACACCGGAGGAUAUUGCCCAAGAGGGCACUGUUUUCUCCUUUGGUAUAAGUGUUUCUUACAGUUAACGAAGAGAAGAAGACAAUACCUUGGAAUACAUCCAGUUCCAUACAGGGUGUCCUCGUUGGAGUGGACGAUGGGGAGGCAUCUGCUGCUACCGCUGUGCGCCCUCCUGGGCGUCCUGCUCGCAGGGUCCCUCCAUAAAACCGAAGCACAGGAAGAUUGCGCUCAAGGCCUACCAGCCGAUGUAUACUUUCUAGUGGAUUCGUCCUGGAGUAUGGGCCAGCAGAACUUUGAACAUGUCAAGCACUUUCUGCUGGGGGUGAUCAAAGCGCUGCAUGAGAGGGCGGGGGACAGCUUCCAGUACGCCCUGGUGCAGUACAGCGCCACGCCCCACACACAGUUCAAGCUGAACACCUACGCCGCCGCCGAGGACGCCAUGGAGCACGUGGCGGCCAUGCGCUACCGCGGCGGCGGCACCCGUACAGGCCUGGGCCUGGACUUCCUGAUCCGAGCCCACAUGACCACGGCGUCGGGCAGCCGCGCCGGCGGGGGCGUGUCCCAGCUGGUGGUGGUGCUGACAGAUGGCCGCUCGCAGGACGACGUGAGUGAGCCGGCGCGGGUGCUGCACCUGGCGGGCGUGGAGGUGUUUGCGGUGGGCGUGCAGGGCGCCGCAGAAUGGGAGCUAAAGGAAAUGGCCAGCCGGCCCGCUGACUCUCACGUGUUGAGCGUAGACUCUUUUGUGGCCUUGAGGGACAUAACGCAGGAUUUAGUAGCGGGGAUCUGCGGCGCGGUGAGCCAGGCUCUGGGCGCUCCCGUGGGGAUGGAGGCCCGGGAUGUGGCCGCAGGCGGGACAGCACAAGAGUCAGCCGACCUUGUGCUGUUAAUUGACGGAUCAAAGAACGUUGGAGCAGCAAACUUCCCCCGUGUGCGUGAUUUGGCUUUGAGAAUCAUUGAGGGCCUUGAUGUGGGCAGGGACACUAUUCGAGUCGCCGUGGCCCUGUACAGUACUGACCCAGAGGUUCAGUUCUAUCUCAAUAGUUAUGAGAGCAAGGCGGCGGUCCAGGAUGCGGUGAAGGGCCUCUCCUUCACGGGAGGCGAAGAAGCCAACCUGGGGGCGGCCUUGGCGGAGGUGUCCGAGAGCCUCUUAAGCCAGACAUCCGGGGGCAGGGCGGAAGAGGGCGUGCCCCAGGCUGUGGUGGUCAUCAGCGCCGGGCCGUCCACGGAUGACACUAGCGUUGGCGACAGGGCCCUUAAGAAGGCCAACGUUAUCACGUUCGGCCUUGCCAUCGGUGGCACCACCGUCGCUGAGCUCGAGUCAGUAGCCUCUGACAAAAGCUUUGUGCUAGAAGCCCCUGAUUUCCAAACGGCAGCAAGCAUGGGUGACCAGCUGCGGCCGUACAUUGUUGGGGUCGCCCAGCGUACCAUUGUGGUUCAGAAUGAGUUCACUGAAGCCAUUGCAGUAGGCAGAAGGGACAUCGUUUUCCUUCUGGACAGCACAAUGGGCGCAACCAUCAUCAACUCCAUGCGCGAGUUCAUCAAGCGCUUCGUUGACACGAUCCCCAUUGGACCCGACGACGUGCAGAUCGGUGUGGCCCAGUUCAGCAACGUUGGCCGGCGUGAGAUAGAUCUCAACAGCUAUGGAACCCGUGAUGAGCUCUCUGCGGCGCUGGGCAGAAUCAAACCCAAAGCCGGCCAGACGGUGAACAUCGGAGCCGCCCUGGACUUUGUGAGGACCAACAUGUUUCAACCUGACAAGGGCAGUCGCAUCCGGCAGGGAGUUCCACAGCUUCUGCUGGUCCUGACCUCUAAGAGGUCCAGCGACAGCGUGGAUGCCCCAGCCCAGGCCCUUCAGCAAAUGGGGGUUCUGACCUUGGCUGCGGGAUCCAAGGCUGCCGAUGAGGCUGAACUGAGGCGGAUUGCUUUCGAUGACUCUCUGGUCUUCAUGAUGAAAGACUUCCGCUUUCUGGUCCGCAACCCCAAGUCGGUCAUCUCUCCACUGUCCACUCUCAGUGGGGUUGUGGUGACAGAAGGACCUGAAUUGGAGAUAACCACUGUCCAGACAUCUAAAGUCAUUAGGGACAUUGUCUUCCUUGUGGAUAGCUCCAGCUACGUUGGGAACCAAAACCUCCCCUACGUGCGUCAGUUCAUCACUAAGGUGGUCAACCAGCUGGAUGUGCGGCCGGAACGAGUCCAGAUUGGCCUCAUGCAGUUCUCUGAACAUCCCAAAAUUGAAUUCUACCUGAACACUUACCAAAACAAGGAGGACGUUUUGGACAGAAUCUCCCAAUUGAGUGUAACCGGGGGAAAUGUAUUGAACACAGGAGCCGCCAUGAAUUAUGCUCUAUCCAACAUGUUCCAAUCCUCCAGUGGCUCCAGGAGGAGCCAGAAUGUCCCUCAGGCAUUGGUUCUGAUUACAGGGGGCCCUUAUCAGGAUGAGGUUGCAAAGGUUGCAGAUAGGCUGGCUCUAGCUGGAGUCCUGACCUACACAGUCAGUACUGGACAUGCAGAUCCAAACUUACUACGAUCAGUGGCCUUUGUUCCAGAUUUGGCCUUCCAUACGGAAAGUUUUGCUGACAUGCCACAGCUCGCUGAAUCAAUCUAUCCGCCAUUGAUAACGGUAGUCGGUGACACUGAUGUGACUGAAACCACAGAAAGUCCUGAAGUCCCAAGUGAUCCUACAAGGGCUGAGAGGGAUGUAGCUUUCCUCAUUGAUGGCUCAGACAAUGUUCAAGACGACUUCCCCUACAUCCAGGAUUUCAUCCUUAAAGUCAUCCAGCCACUUGAUAUCGCAAGGGAUAGAGUGCGUAUUUCAGUGGUCCAGCAUAGUGAGACGCCAACUUCUGUUUUCUACCUUAACACCUACCAAACCAAAGACGAGGUAAUAAGAGCUGUUAAUAACAUGAGGAUCGCUGGUGGGCGUAGUCUGAACACAGGAUCUGCCCUAAAAUUCAUGAAGGAGACCAUCUUGUCUGAAAGUAAUGGCAGUAGGGCCCGACAAAAUGUCCCACAAUUUCUGAUUGUCUUGACCGGAGGUAGAUCCAGGGAUAAUGUUAAAGAUUCCGCCGUUGCGCUGAAGACCGGGGGAGUGGUGCCAUUUGGCGUGGGUGUCAAGGAUGCAGACAUGAGGCAGAUCCAGGACAUCUCACACAACCCAUCCUUUGCUUUCAAAGUGAAAGAAUUCAGUGAACUGAGCACAGUCCAACAAAAGCUCAACAACUAUGUGAGCCUUCCCAAAGAGCAGCUUCAAGUUGUCCUUGAACAAGCACAUAGGGAUGCUGAAAAAAUUGAUAUAGUGUUCCUACUGGAUGGCACUGAUGGUACAAAGGUUGGAUUUCCAGAAGUACAGCACUUUGUAAAAAGUAUAGUUGAGAGGCUCACUGUGGAGGAGGACAAAGUAAGGGUAUCUGUUGUGCAGUAUGCCAAUAGACCUGAAGUCAAUUUCUAUCUGAGUUCUCACAGAACUAAGGAUGAUGUCUUGAAUGCCAUAGAUGGUUUAACCCACAAGGGUGGAAAGAUCCUGAAUACUGGGGCAGCUCUCCAGUUUGUCAGACACAAUAUCUUCACAGCCUCCACAGGAAGUAGAACACUCAAGGGCGUUCCCCAGGUAUUGGUUCUUCUAACAAGUGCCCAGUCCAGGGAUUAUGUCAAUGCUCCAGCUGUGGCUCUUAAAGAUCGAGAAAUCAUAGUGCUUGGUAUUGGAGUGGAGGAUGCCAAUCUCCCCGAGUUGGAAAAAAUUGCUUUCCAACCAGAUUUUGCAUACAAAGUGAAUGACUUCUCUGAGUUGCCAUUACUUCAACCACUGCUUGUUGGUAAAUUAAAUGUGUCAAAAGUUGCAAUGGAAUAUCCAGGAAUCCCAAGCUUAAUAGCCUCGUCCUUGGGUCCAAAGAAGGAUGUGGUCUUCCUUGUUGAUGGAUCCUCGAGUGUUGGACGGGAAUUCCCUAUUAUCCAGGAGUUCAUGCGCCGAGUUGUGGAGAAUCUCAAUGUCGGCGAAAACCAGAUCCGGAUAGGUGUUGUCCAAUAUGGUGACUCUCCGAAUGCUGAUAUGUAUUUGAACACCCAUGCAACCAAGGAGGGUGUUUUGAAUGGGAUCAAAGGGGUAAGGCAAAGAGGAGGAAGGCAGCGCAACCUUGGCCAGGCUUUGGAGUUUGUGAACCGGGAUUUCCUUACCGCAGCCCGUGGAAGCAGGAAGCAAGAGGGUGUCCCUCAGUUUGUGAUUGUUGUUUCCAGUGGAAGCUCAACAGAUGAUGUGAUUGGUGCUGCAUCCACCCUCAAAAGGUCCGGUGUUCUCCCCUUCAGUAUUGGGACCAGGGAUGUGAGCUCUCAUGAGCUCAAAGCAGUUGCAUAUGUUCCCAACUUUGCCCUUGUUGUGGAUGACCUUCCCGGGCUCUACACCGUCCAGAACAGCCUGAUCACCACUCUCACUGAGCUAUCUGAUGAUGAUCUCGCAGCGAUGCAGCCUGUUUACCCAACCCGAGAUGUUACAACAAUAACCACUCAUGGAGACAAAAGGGAUGUUGUGUUUUUAGUUGACGGCUCAACCGCAACACGCAGUGAGUUCAAGUCUAUCCGCGAAAUGAUCAAGAGAGUUAUCGAUAAGCUGGAUGUGGGACUGGACAACGUCAGAAUAUCAGUAGUGCAAUACAGUGAUGACCCGCACGUGGAAUUCCUCCUGAAUCAGUACUCAACCAAAGAAGAGGUCAGGCAGGCUGUGGCAAGGCUUCAGAGCAGAGGAGGGAGCCAGUUAAACACCGGCCGUGCCCUUGACUGGGUCUCUAAACACAUCUACCAGAGGUCAGCAGGAAGCCGUAUCGAGGAGGCUGUUCCACAGUUCCUCAUUCUAGUAACAGGUGGCAAGUCCACGGACGAUGUGACUCGUCCAGCGCACCAACUCAAGAGCAGCAUGGUGGCACCUAUUGCUAUUGGUUCAAGAAACGCUGACGCCAAUGAACUGAGAACGAUUGCGCUGAAGCAAGAGCUCACAUACACAGUGGACAGCUUCCAACAGCUCCCGUCUGUGGAACAGCAGUUCUUUGCGUCAGUGAACACGAUGACUCAUGAUGAUAUCUCCACUAUUAUUGACCGAGAAAGAGGGGUCCAAAAGAUUCUUAAUCUUGGACGAAAAGACAUCGUCUUCCUUGUCGAUGGCUCAGACAACACCGGAGCCAUGGGGCUGGCGCAUAUCCGUGACUUCAUCCUCAGAACCAUUCAGCAGCUCGAUGUGCAGUCUGAUCAAGUUCGCAUUGCCGUAGUGCAGUACGCAGACAGAGCGCAGAGAGAGUUCUCCCUGAACACAUACGGCAACAAACCUGACGUUCUCAAAGCUGUCAAAAGGCUGCGUUUAAUGGGUGGGCGGUCCUCGGACCUCGCUCAAGCCAUUGAGUAUGUCAUCCGAAACGAGCUGAUAUCAUCCACAGGGAUGCGCCAUGCGGGGGCCUCGCAGCACCUUGUCGUGCUGACGGGAGGACGUUCUCCCACUGAUGUGUCCCUUUAUGGGCCUCUGCUUAAGAGCUCUCGGGUCAACUGUAUUGGUGUUGGAGCUGGCGGAGCUGAUACAAGGCAGCUCCAACAGAUUGCCACAAGCCCGGAAGACGUUAUCCAAGUUUCCAGCUUCCCCGGACUCCCUGGCGCCGACGACAAGUUCAUUGCCAGGUUGAGUGGAGAUCCCUUCCCUGAAACUCCUACAGACCUCGAAGAGACAUCUGAAGGCCUUCCCAAACCCAAGGAGGCUGAUAUUGUGUUUUUGGUGGAUAGUUCCCUAAAUGUGGGCAAGGACAACUUCAAGACGGUGAUCGAGUUCAUUUACAAUCUUGUUGACCUCUUCUACAACGAGAGAGACAAGCUGCAGAUCGGCAUGGCACACUAUGCCACAGAUGUCACAAAUGACUUCUACCUCAACACCUACCCCAACAGGGAUGAUGUCAUUAACGCCAUUGGUAGUGUGGAAUACAAAGGGGGGCGUAGGAUAAACACAGGUGCAGCCAUCCGUCACGUGCAGGAUAACCACUUUACAACAGCAAGAGGCAGCCGGAAAGAUCAAGGCGUCCCGCAGGUCUUGUUGGUUCUUACCGGAGGACGCUCCUCAGAUGACAGUAAGACGGCUGCACUCGCCCUGAAGGCCAGUGGGGUCAGAGUUUAUGCAGUGGGGGUGGGAGACAUGAUGGAUGAGCUGGAAAACCUAGCAAGCCAGUCCCACACUAUUGCUCGGGCAAGUCGAUUUGAAGGGCUGUCCGAGCUGAAUGAGCAGAUCCUGGAGACAUUGGACGAUGAGGUGACCGGAGUCAAGCUCUGUAAUAGCGUUGUGGAACCUUUCAAAGCCUGCAAUGUGGAAGUGCUGGUGGGCUUUGACGUUGGCGCCCAGAACAUUUUCUCCGCUCAGACCAACCUCCAAAGUAAGAUGGGGGCCAUUCUUCAAAGAAUCACCAAGAUGGCGUCCAUCAGUUGUUCGUCUGGACAGCUCCCUUCAGUGCAGGUCGGCGUACUGGCCAUGGACUCUAAUGGACAAGCCACCCAGUUGGACUUCACAGACGACGCAGAUGUCCUGUUUGAGGCCUUCAAGGGAUUGCGUAGUCGUGGCCCAUUUGUACUAAAUGCCAAGACCAUCUCAGGCUACACUAGCAGGUUUAAAUCCAGGAAUGAGAAUGUUGUCAAGGUUGUAAUCCAUCUGACUGAUGGUCUGGACGCGCCGUACGCUGAGAUGAAGAGGAAAACGGAAGAGCUUCAGCAGUCAGGUGUUAACAGUUUCAUCGUCGUGGGCCUGGAGAGAGUUCCUAAAUUUGAGGAAGCACUCCUUCUGGAGUUCGGUCGAGGGUUCAGGUACACCAGACCCCUCCGUGUCAACGUCAUGGAUCUGGACUACGAGCUGGCGGAGGAACUGGACAAUAUUGCAGAGAGAGAAUGCUGUGCUGUACCCUGCAAGUGCACCGGAACUAGAGGGGACAGAGGUUCAGUAGGCGUCCCAGGCCCUAAGGGAGGCCCCGGAGGCGUCGGCGGCCCAGGACACCCGGGUGAUGAGGGGGGACCGGGAGAGCGAGGACCCCCUGGUGUGAAUGGAACUCAAGGUUUCCAGGGCUGUCCAGGACAGAGAGGUGUCAAGGGUUCCCGAGGCUAUUCUGGAGAGAAAGGAGAAUUUGGAGAACUUGGUCUGGAUGGAAUCAAUGGAGAAGAGGGGCUCAGCGGUGUGGCAGGACCACCGGGAGGUAGUGGAAGCCCUGGCAGAAGGGGGCCGAAAGGAACCAAGGGCCAGGCGGGAGACACUGGAGACAUGGGCAUCAGAGGAGACCCUGGCAUAACUGGGAGAGACAACAGAGAGGCCGGACCCAAGGGGGACCCCGGUGACGUCGGCCCAGUGGGAGAGCCUGGCGAAGACGGAAAGAGGGGAGGCGCUGGAGAGCCAGGACGAGGGGGAUCUGAUGGAAGGAGAGGCUCAGCUGGACAGCCUGGAGCGCCUGGGAAGCCCGGAGCAGAGGGAGUGGGAGGAGAGCCUGGUAUCGGAGGCUCCAGAGGCAAAUCCGGUCCGAUUGGUGCCCCUGGACAGCGUGGAGAGGAGGGGAAUCCUGGACCAAGAGGACCUGGAGGAGAUCCGGGAAAACUCGGAGAGAAGGGCAGAAGAGGAGCUUUGAGCCGCAAGGGGGAGCCGGGAGACCCAGGACCCAAAGGAGUUGUUGGACCUCUGGGACCGCGGGGCGAACCCGGUGAAGAUGGCAGGGACGGCUUUGGCGUCUUGGGGUCCAAAGGAAGGAAGGGUGAUGAAGGCUUCCCAGGAUUUCCAGGACCCAAGGGUGCAGGUGGUGGUGCGGGGGUUGAAGGUGGACCAGGACCCAAGGGAAACAGCGGUCAGAGGGGUGUCUCAGGGGACCUCGGACCGUCAGGACAGAAGGGAGAAGGUGGAUACUCCGGUCCCUAUGGCGAGAAAGGACCCAGAGGCCCCGGCGUUGUGCAAUGUGACCUCGUCAAGAAGAUUAGAGAUAACUGUCCUUGCUGCUACGGCAAGCAGGAGUGCCCCCUGUACCCAACCGAGCUGGCCUUCGCCAUGGACGUCUCGGACGGCGUGGGCCGCCCGGCCUUCAACAACAUGCGCGACGUCGUGCUGCGUCUGGUCCGUGACAUCACCAUCGCCGAAAGCAACUGCCCGCGCGGUGCGCGCGUGGCGCUCACGCUCUACAACAACGAGGUGACCACCGAGGUGCGCUUCGCCGACGCGCUGAAGAAGCGUGCGCUCCUGCAGCGCAUCGAGGGGCUGCAAGCCCUGGCCACCCGCAAGCAGCGCAUCCUGGAAAACGCCAUGAACUUCCUGGCGCAGAGCACCUUCAAGAGGGUGCGCAGCGGGUUCCUGAUGAGGAAGGUGGCCGUCUUCUUCGUCAACGGGCCGAUCAAGGACGGCCGGCCUAUCAGCACGGCCGCACUGCGCCUGUACGACGCCGGCAUCGCCUCGGUGUUCCUGGUGAACCGCGAGGACAGAUUGCUCAGCAGAGCUCUGCAGGUAAACAACACGGCGCUGGCUCAAGUGCUGGUGCUGCCAAGUGCCGGGAGUGCUGAGUUCAACUCCGUCUUCCAGAAGAUUAUGAGCUGCCACGUUUGCCUGGACUCCUGCGCUCCGGACCAGAUGUGCGACUAUGUGCCCCCGACGAGCAGCCGAGACCGGCGCUCCUCCACCACUGAUGUGGACAUCGACAUGGCCUUCGUGGUGGACAGCUCCGAGACCACCUACCCCUCGGUGUUCACCGAGAUCAAGCGCUACAUCUCGCACAUCGUGGAGCACCUGGAGGUGUCCUCGGAGCCCACCACGUCGGUCCACCAGGCCCGAGUGGCCGUGGUCCAGCAGGCGCCCUACGAGUUCCUCCGCAACCACAGCGGGGCCGCCAUCCGCACCGACAUCGGCCUGACGGAGCACCGCUCCAGCCAGGACAUCGUCAACUUCCUGCUGGAGAAGACGCCCCAGCUGGAGGGCAGCCGGGCGCUGGCCGCGGCCAUGGAGCAGACGGUGGAGCAGGUGCUGGAGCUGGUGCCGCUGCAGCGCGCCCGGAAGGUGCUGAUGCUGUUCGUGACGGGCAGCGUGGAGGAGCACGAGGCCGCGCUGGUGCGCGUGGCCACCGAGGUUAAGUGCAAGGGCUACUUCCUGGUCAUCCUGGGGGUGGGCGGCGGACUGAGUGCCGGGGACGCCAAGGUCCUGUCGCGCAUGGCCAGCGAGCCGUCAGACGUGUUCUUCAAGAGGAUCCAGAGCAUCUCGCACUUCUACGACAAGCACAUCCAGACCUUCGGGGAGCUGCUGCCCAAGUAUAUCAGCAUCGAAAACGCUUUCUACAUGUCCCCGGAAGUGUCCCGAAACUGCACUUGGUUUGUGAACGACCAACCGUUCAAAAACCCCUUCAAGUCAUCCCAGUCCGAUGAGACCUACAAGAAGGAGCAUGACCACCAGCAGACAGCCCAUCAGAGGAAGCACGAAGAUUCGGCCGAGUUGCACGCCACCAACAUCACGUCCAGCGGUCUGAAGCUGCGCUGGGCCCCUGCAGAUCCCAAGCUCUCGGCCUACUUCCAGGUGGUGGUGACCCGGCUCCGCGACCACUUCCUGGUGGUGAAGACCAAUGUGUCCGACACAGAGUUCUCCCUCCAGAACCUAGAGAGCAGCCAGACCUACCACGCCGUGGUAACGGCCCACACCGCCGCGGGGCUGGUCACCUCCACCCACAAGGGCAUCCUCACCACCAAAUCAGCCGAGCCGAAGCCUGCCAGUCCAAUUAUGGACUCUGAUAUGGUAAACACACCCCUGGACAAACCAGAAACUGUUACUGGACUGACAGAUCCAUGCUCACUUGACUAUGACCCUGGAAUGCCAUGCAAAGACUAUCAGGCAAAGUGGUUCUUUGACAGAAUGAACGGGAUCUGUACCCAGUUCUGGUACGGAGGUUGUGGAGGCAAUGAGAAUAGGUUCGAGACAGAGGCCCUCUGUUUGAGCAGCUGCCCAAGCACAGUGUCGGAGCAACAGCAGGCUGAACCCGCACAGAUCAUCUCGGCCCCAGGUGAACAGGUGGCCGUCCUCCCCUCUCUGACUGCAGAGAUAGAUACCCCUAUCGCUACGGCUGCCCAGGUGGAGCCCAUCAUCUCUGCCAGAGUGCUGGUGGAGUCCAGCCCAUCUGCAGCCAAACCAGUGGAGGAGCUGCUCCCAUCUCCAGCUGACCCAGUGGCGACCACAGUGGUGGACGUCUGCCAGCUUCCUAAAGAGGAGGGCGCCUGUGCUAAGUUCGUCCUCAAGUGGCACUACGACGCCCUCAGCAAGAGCUGCACGCGCUUCUGGUACGGCGGCUGUGGCGGCAACCGGAACCGCUUCGACACGUUUGUGGAGUGUCAGAAGACCUGUGGGAAGCCAGCGUUGAAACCUAGGAUGAAUGUUGCGAUAAGGACAUAGGACAUUGAGAACAGGUCAACCUCGCCUCAGAGGAGAAACACCAAGCUAUGAUGCGAUACCAAAUCAAUGGUGGCUGCACUGGAUUCCACACAACAUUCGAAGAGAGAAGAUUUAAACCCAAACCAAAUUCUUGAAGUAGUCUACUUCACAGAAAUAAAGUGAAGGAAGAAAGCAACACAAUUUGCUGCAUGAUUUGUUAUGACCUUCUGGUGCUAUGUCGUUUUGUGAUUGUUUAUUUUGAUCUGGCUGAAGGAGUUCAAAGGUCCUUCUGUUUUGAGUAUGUUUCAGUCAACUACACAGCUUUCUUUUCCUUUUUCAUUGUUUUUUUUCACAUGAUGAAACAAAAGUCAUAUAUGAAUAUGUUGGACAGAGAUAAUCAAUAAACCAGUAUUUGCAGGACUAACCUUAGUAGUGAAUGUGAUGAGUCUUUCUACAUUCCAUCUUCACAAGGCAACAAAGCUUGUCACUUUAAAAAACAAUUAUAGAUUGUCAAAUGACCUGAUCCAUAUGGAUCCUCUUCCACAACUAGCAGUGUUUACAGCCGUUGAACAAGCCCAUCGUAUAGUGAAACGCCAGCAGCCAUUCGUUCAAAUGACGAGAGGAGAAAAAUGAGGCGCUGCCAAAAACACACACACAGUCCCAUGGUGACUAGAAAGGGAAUGUACUUGUCUAGCUGUUUGAUGUUUGUUUCUUUAAUGUAGGAUCUUGUUUAGUUUUACGUAAAAUUUGUGUUUUCAUUUUGGGGAAUGGGGGGGAAAUAAAGAUGAAUUAGACUUUCUAAUAAA